ACCAGAGGCUGCUCAGGUACAGCCCAAGCUGAAGGUGUCCCCAUCCCUCCCAGCAUGCAGCCACCUUGGGGUGGGCAGGGAAGGAGCGGGCACUGUGUGGCCAGGGGCAUUUUGGGCAACACAAAGUGCCGGCUGCACCCAGGGAGAGGGGCUUUGCAGCCGCGCGCAUCAGCUGGGGCUUGGGCUAGGGGGUCACUGCGACCCUGCACCCUCCACCCCUGCAAACCGCCCUCCUGUGUUUCCAUGGGUCUCGCCACAGGCCAGCCAUGCCCCUGGGGGGUUGUAUGCGCCACCCCAAAGUCAAUGUGGUCCUGCCAUCACCUGGUGACCCACGGGAGGUGGGAGAGUUCCCCUUCCACACCAACCCUGCGGUCUGGGCAGCCACACACCAUCCUCUUCCUCCUCAGCUGCUCCUCUGCAUCUUCACCUUUGCCAUGGUGCUGGUCCCUGAAGCAAAGGACCAAAGCAAGGCAGCGAAGGGCAGGAGAAGGGGUCUGGCACGGCCCCCCACGGCUGCCCCUGCCCUCAGCUGGGCCCUGGAUGACCCUUUCACCACCAUGGCGGACUACGAGCGCAGCAUCCAGGACAUGGUGCACCAGCUGAGGAACAGCUCUGAGCCAGGUGACACCAAGUGCCAGGUCAACUUGAGGCUCUGGAGGUCCAACCGGAGGAGCCUAUCCCCCUGGGCCUACAGCAUAAACCACGAUGCAACGCGGAUCCCAGCUGACAUUCCUGAGGCUCGAUGUCUCUGCACUGGCUGCAUCAACCCCUUCACGAUGCAGGAGGACCGCACCAUGGCCAGCAUUCCCAUCUACAGCAGGCUGCCUGUCCGCCGGCUGCUCUGCCAGGUGCCUGGAGAGGUGGGGCACAAGCCCUCUGGGAAGAAGAAGUGUCAGAAGAAGUACCAGAUGGUCAUGGAGACCAUCGCUGUGGGCUGCACCUGCAUCUUCUGAGGUUGCAAAGCUAAUCCCUGCAGCUACCUGUGGGCAUCUAACCAGCUUGCUCUUGCUUUCCAAGCUUGCGCAGCCCUCUGGGAGAGUCACCCCGCUGAGCAUCAGGGUGAGAACCCCUGCACAAGCAGAUGGCAGCUCUAAGAGCUUCCCAAAACUCCCCUGCAGAUUCCAUCAGCCUCAGCCCAAGCAGCCACUUUGGGGACACCCAGCACUGGGGCAGCCCCUGCAAGUCACCCAGCUAUGCAGUCCCAUGAGUGGCCUCACAGUGGGACACCAGCCCGAGCCCCAACACCUCCAGGGGGAGCUCAGCAGGGCGGACUGGGGACAGAGGGAGGCAGCUGCACAGUCCCUUGGGCUGGGCAGGAUCAGGCCUCCUCCUGCCCCAAAGUCCCCGUUUGCUCCAUCGGUGCAACAGCUCCAGAAGUGCUCAGUCCUCCCCAGUCCACCUACAGGUUCCUCUGCACUGGGCAAGGCAGCCCAGGGAGUGGGGCAAGUGGGCAGUGGUUUGGGUGGCCUUUGAGGUCUUCAAUAAAGCUCAUCGCUGGCCCCCGUCUGAGCCGCCCUCUGCCUUGGCACCUCGCGCUGCCCCUCCAUGCUGCCCAGGCCUCUCCCAGCAAGGCUCUUCUGCCCCCCAAAACCCAGCUGAGCCCAGGAAGCCUGGACACCCUGGGAACAGGGAGCACCCAGCAGCAGGCGAGUCAGGACCUGCGACAGCCCACUCUGCGCGCCCAUCCCCGGGGCGCCAGGCCGGCGAGAGGGGCUCAGCUCCACACACACACAGCAUGGGAGAGGCCACAGGACCUCCUGCCCCAGCCAGGGCCAGCCCUACCACCAAGCUUCCCAGCGCCAAAGCCAGGAGAGGCUGCAGCAGCUCACCAGGGUGGACCCAUCUGC